AUGCUCUCCCGCUCCAUCCCUGUGCAAUCUUCCCGGACCAGCUUUCGCAGCCUCCUUUCCCGGUCUCCCUCUCGCAGACGAAUUCACUCCGGUCCACUGACCGUGAAUCGAACCCUGGCGACCAUCCACAGCAAGCCCUCCACCACAAUUGCGCCUACUUCUCGACUCUCCUCCAUCUCGCGUCACUUUUCCUCCUCGUCUCUGGUCUCGCAGAGCACGACUUCGUCCACAAUGGCCCCCAUUGAGGUUCAGCAGUAUGACUACAUCGUCCUAGGCGGUGGAAGUGGUGGUAGUGGAAGUGCCCGCCGUGCAGCUGGCUGGUACGGCGCAAAGACUCUGAUUGUCGAGAGUGGUCGUUCCGGCGGUACUUGCGUUAACGUUGGAUGUGUUCCCAAGAAGAUGACCUGGAAUUUCGCGACCAUCCAGGAGACGAUGGACAUCGGCAAGCACUACGGUUACGAUAUCCCUGAAGGCAUCAAGAUUGACUAUCACAAGUUCAAGACUACCCGUGAUGCUGUGAUCAAGCGCUUGAACGGCGCCUAUGAGCGCAACUGGGGCAACGAGGGUAUUGACCUGGUCCACGGCCGUGCUCGCUUCGUCGAGCCCAAGGUCAUUGAGGUUGGUCAGCAGGAUGGCAGCGUCGCCCGCUACACUGCUCCCCACAUCCUGAUCGCUACCGGUGGUCGUCCCAGCCUGCCCAAGGUCCCCGGUGUCGAGCACGGUAUCACUAGCGAUGGCUUCUUCGAGAUGGAGGAGUUGCCGCCCAAGAUGGCCGUUGUCGGCGCUGGCUACAUCGCCGUUGAGUUGGCUGGUGUGAUGAACGCUGUCAAAGUGGAGACACAUAUGUUCAUUCGUGGGGACAACUUCCUGCGCAAGUUCGACCCCAUGAUCCAGAAGACUAUGACCGAUCGCUACGAGGCUGCCGGUGUCCACAUGCACCGCCACCACGCUGGUUUCAAGGAUAUCCAGCUCAUUCGCGAUGGCAAGGGCAAGGACCGUCUGAUCAAGCUGAUCAACCACGAUGGCUCCGAGCUCGAAGUAAACGAGCUUCUCUGGGCUGUUGGCCGUGCCCCCGAGAUCGAAGAUCUGGCUAUCGAUAUCCCCGGUAUCAAGCUGAGCCCCAGCGGUCACAUUGUCGUUGACGAGUACCAGAACACCUCUGUCGAGGGCGUUUACGCUCUCGGUGAUGUGACUGGCCAGGCCGAGCUAACUCCUGUCGCAAUUGCUGCCGGUCGCCAACUCGGCAACCGUAUCUUCGGUCCCUCAGAGCUGAAGUCCUCCAAGAUCUCCUACGAAAACAUCCCUACGGUCGUCUUCUCCCACCCCGAAGUUGGCUCCAUUGGUCUCACCGAGCCCGAAGCCCGUCAGCGCUACGGUGACGACAAGAUCAAGAUCUACCACACCAAGUUCACCAACAUGUUCUAUGACGUCGGCCUGUCCCCUGAGGAGAAGGCCAAGAACCCCACCGAGAUGAAGAUCAUCUGCGCCGGCCCCUCGGAGAAGGUUGUUGGUUUGCAUAUUCUUGGUCUUGGCGUUGGCGAGAUGUUGCAAGGCUUCGGCGUUGCUGUGAAGAUGGGUGCGACCAAGGCAGACUUUGAUAGCUGUGUGGCCAUUCACCCUACUGCUUCCGAAGAGCUUGUCACCAUGCGGUAG